AUGCUCGAUGGCUUCUUUUUAUGGCCAAAUAGCCAAAUAGCAAUACAGUUACAAGAAAUACGCACCAUAGAUUGUCACCGAAAAAGGCCUUCAGUUGAUUCCUUGUGGAUGCCGGAUUUGGAUUGGCUUUUAACGAGGGAAAAUACGAAGAGUAUCGGUGCUUUUGAACAUUUCAGCGAAGAAUCCUAUGAAUAUUAUGGAUAG